CGCAAUUUUUGUCUUAGCAUACACCUUAUCCUACAAGUUCUGAGAUUGUUACGAUGAAUAUUCUCGUAAAUGAAAAGGAAAACGUCACUCCCAGCUAUGAUUUUCCUCUUUGUUAUAGAAAUGAUACAGCCACGUCCUGGGUACCUACGUCAAUGGAAUUCUUCUUUGGAGUGUUUGGAAAUUUCAUUGCCCUCAUCCUACUUUGGAUCAACCGCCAUGAUCAUUACUGGGACUCGUUCUAUAAGUUCUUUACUGGUUUAGUCAUUACUGACUUCAUUGGAGUAAUCGUCGUUUACCCUAUCGCAACCAUUAGAUACGCCUCGGAUUUCACGUGGUGUUACCCGAAAAAUCUGUGUAAAUUCGUUUCUUUCAUUUUUGUCGAUGCUCAUUUAUCGGGGGCGUUACUAAUCUGUGCCAUGGCUGUGGACAGAUUCAUGUAUUCAAUGAGCAAUACGAUCUCAAACAGGACCUAUACCUUCAUUUUGAUAGGUAUAUGGAUUAUCGCGAGUUUGGUAUCCCUAUUACACCUUAUUGGUGUUGGACAAUCUAAUUUAUACUUUCCUGGAUCAUGGUGUUACUUCGACUUCAUAAAUGAUACGACCGGAAAUCGCAUUAUGUCGUACCUUUACUCUAUAUUUGGUUUUAUCAUUGUAUUGGUUACCAUCCUCAUGUACGUUAUUACAAUGAUUCGCAUCUGUAGAGACCCAGAAAGAAGUGGUUAUUUUCUGGACGCCAAUCGAGUUUCCGGAUACUACGACUCUCAUGUUAUGGUUUUUAUGACUGCUGUUACCGUGCUGUUUGUUAUCUUAUGGACUCCUUUCCUAGUGGACGUAUUCUUACACGCUACCAAUAUCAGAACACAGCACGAUAAUAACAAAGUAGAGUUGUGGCUUCUUCGAAAUGCUGUCAACAAUGCCAUUCUGGAUCCAUGGCUAUACAUUGUGCUCAGAAAGGAGUCCCUGCGAAAAAUUGUUUUGUUUUAUCGCAAAUGCAGAGGGGCGUCAGAUCCUCAAGAAUUGAACUAACCUGGAGUUGACGAAACGGAUGUUUUUCUUCCGAAUUAAUCUUCAUAUUGUGGUUUUAUCAAUAAUCUAAAAACGUUGGGAUUUGUUUGUCAUGUAAUUGUUAUGUAAUUGGGAUUAUUGCAGUAAUGUUCACUCUCAGUUUCCGCCACGUCCUUAGCUACGCUCUUGAAGCAAUAUUCUUUGAUUUCAUUGAAUUAUAGAUUCUAAUAUACAAAAAUGAAUUUAUUUUAUUAUGUAAUUGUUGUAUUUUUUGUUAUUAGAGCUUCUGUUAGCUUGCAAUGAUUUACAUUGUAGAAUCAAAAUGAAGGCGAAACUAUUCAACGUGAUCACCAAGGAUUCUAAAGAACGUAUCAUAGCUAAACUGAACCAUCUCACCUUACAAAUUAGCAGGCUAACAUAAAUAUUGAUAAGCUUACAAAGAAAAUAUUACUCAAGGACACAUGACCCGUAGAUAUAUCUUUUUGUAUAAUAAAAGUCAUUUCUAUUUUUUUGUAUGAUUAGUUCACCAAGUAUAAUCAGGCAAUAUAAUAAAUUAUGAUGUAAUCUUU